ACAGUUUAAGCUGAUAGGGCAGAUGAGCGACUACGUCAUGGAAUGGACGGAUGUGCCCUUCUCCAUCUUUAUCAAUCUGCUGUGGUGCUUCUACUGCUUCCACUCCCACCUCAUCUUGCCUCAUCUGAUGCUAUUUAUAGCCGCGUCGUGUAUGUGGUACAGAUCGAGUAUGGUGCAUUUACCUACCAGGCAGCUUCCCCAAAUACUCCAGGAUAUACAAGACGAGGAUUCUGACGAGGAGGGAGCAGAUGAGGAAGAGCUAGAUGACGCCCUGAACACUUUCUCGGAAGGCGGCGAGCUCGAAAAGAGCUCAAAGAAAGAGGCGGACGACGAUGAAACUGGUAAGAAGAAGAAAUCCGGCUCAGGCAAUUCCGCCAAUCCCAUUGCGCAGUUGCAACACACAAUCAAUGUCAUCACAAGGGCUAUGCUGACCGUUCAGAACAAGCUCGGGCUGGUGGCGUCGCUCAUGGAAGCUGUUGUGACGCCGUUGACCUGGGACGAUCCGCGUAUCACACUGCUCAUAGCCAGCGCAUGCGGCCUGCUGGGGAUGGUGCAAUUACUUAUUUUGCCCUCCCGUUACGUUUUCAUGGUGCUGGGCCUUAUUGUAUUCCGGCAUCCUAUAUUGCGCUCCGACGGAUCGGUGCCGGCUAACUUCCUGUCUCGACUUCCCAACCGAAAGAAGGAAAUGGAUUUGCUGUUGUAGUGGAUAGGCCAGACAAAGCCCGUACUCAUCUGAAGCUAGAUUGCACGUACGCUAUCCUGACGGACUAUUUCAUUUAUAUUCGAAAUGAUAAGCUGUUGCGAGUAACUCGCUACCUCGUCACCUCUUCGCACGAUGGUGGUGUUUCGUGUGCCUCCUGGCCUGCCUCAAUGACCAGUGGACUUGCAGAGCCUAUGGUGAAAUCCAGGUGGUUGAUUGGCAGCUCAAAUAUUGGCUAUGAAACGCUUUGAACGUAAUCGUUUCUGGGGUCUAAUAUUUAAAUUGUGAGUUUCGGCACUACUUAGUCCGCUUAUAAUGGACAGACACCGUUUCGGUAUAGCGAAAAUAAGUCGCCAUGUAUAAUCGUAAAGGAUGAAUACUGAGCUCUGCCACCUUUGAGUGAGCGUUUGAGGGAAAGCUGAGAAACGUUAGAAAACAGGAGUCGAAAAAGAAAGGGAGCUGUAACUAGCUGGAUCAAGUGUGUUGGGGCAGUCUCCGCUACCACUGAAUACGAAAUUUAGCUGAAGCAAAAUAAUGUACGAUUCGUAUGGAAAAUAAAACAUAGAUCC